UGAAGUGAAGCGAGCAUAAAUGAAAGCAUGCAUGUUAAUCAAGCAGAACGCUACGUACAGAUUCCUUUCAAAUUUUAAUCGGCACACCCUGUGAUUUCGUUCUCGGGAAAGCGCAGCUCUGAGGGAACACACGUUAAUACUAAACAAUGAUCAAAGUCAUAACAAGCUUUGUGAGCUGUUUAGCGGCAAUUCUGUUAGGAAUUUUGGCACUAGCCACCGACUUUUGGCUAGUGUGGUGGAAAGAAGCAAAGGAAAUCGGAGGUGUACAAUAUCAUCAUGAAGGCUUGUUUCAAACUUGUUCUGAAACCUCGAUCAAUAGCACUGUAGUUGCUGCCGAUAGCUGCACAACAUUACAUGAUUUGGGAAGACCAGACUGGAAUGGAGCAGUGAUUGCCUUGAUGUUUCUGGCCCUCAUCUGCCAUUUAAUUGCCUUUAUCAUAGCCAUUGUGGCAGCAAUACGAAAGGGACAUCCUUUUCCAUCCUUUACUGUAGGCGGAUUCUUCUGUGCAGCAGCUAUUCUUGUGGUUAUCGCUUUGCUGGUCUUCACAUUUUUUAACUGGAAGGAUGAUGUGUUCUUCAGCUGGUCAUAUGGCGGAGGAUGGUCUACAGUGGCAUUGUCCAUUAUAGCAUUUGUGUUAAUUAUGGCAGAUCGCUGAGGAAUUGCAGAGCCCAACUGACAAAUCAAACAGAAAGUAGACUUCAACACCAGAUUGUUCCAGUUGGACAUAACUAGCAUUAUGGCCUCAAAGUCAAGAAUGGCAUUUGAACAUUUUGUAAGUUAAGUGUGUAAAAAUUUUAUGUGGAUUUGUUGCUGGGCUCAAAGUAUUCUACAGUGCACCUUUAAUCCUUGUAUGUCAUAACAUAAUCAACAUCUCAAAAAAAACUUGAUUUCUAAAGGAUCCUCAUCUGAAUGAAAUAAUGAUGUUGACAACAAAAUCAAAAAUUAUUAUGCUUGAAAACGUUAUCAUCAAGGGUUAAAUAUGUUCAACAAAUUACCAGGAUUUCUCUUGUUAAAAGUGCUUUUUGCUUUUUUUCCCUGUAGUUUAGUUUUUCUAUGACAGCGACACAAUUUUCUUCUCCAAAUGGAAUAAAAUUUAAACCAAGCAAAGUUUACAAAGUCACAACACUGAUGGUUACAGUUUUUUUGUUUCUAUUUAUUGGCUUUAGUUAAUGUAUUUUUUUAUUAGAUUAGAAAGUGGAAUUUAAAAAUGUAUAAGGUUAAAAUUAUGGAAUGAGUCCAUAACAUUUCAAGUGAGAUAAAUAUCAUUGCAUAGCCUGGCAUCUGAUGUAACUUACUAAAUUGUGGAUGUAAAAAGUUUUUUCACCUUUUGAGACAUUUUUUGUUACCCAGUAUGCAUAGCAAUGCAUGCUAAGUAUUUAUACUGAGACACAAUUUUGUACAUAAUUAGGAUUGUUUUGUUCUGUUUUGCCUUGUUUUUCAUUGCAAAUGCAAAUUUAUUGAUUGCUUCCCUUUGAAAAAAUACCCUAAUUAACCUUGACAACCUUGUGUUUCAAGAACAUGUUUAUUGGUUAUUUUGGGUAUUUUUAGAAAUAUGUUUCCUCCACCUUAGGAAUGCUAGGAAAAUUUAAAUAUAUUCGACAAAGCAAAGUGUGUUUCCUUGUGUUUUGACUGAGUAGAAUAUUUCAUAGUGUGGCACUGAGUUGAAUUUCCCAGUUAAGGACCCUAAAUAUCAUUUCUUUAUUCUUUAAAGGUUGUUUGAUAGAUCAAUACCAUCACUAUUGUUAUACAUUAGACUUGUUCAAGAGCAUUCAAUCACUACACAAUAAUGUGUGUAGCUGAGAUGAUAGAAGCAGUAUCAGCAUUUAUCAUGUUGAGUUCAAAGUCUGCCUAGCUUCUAAGCCUCUUAUCCACGAAGUGUUCUCAUGGCAGCACAUUAUGAAACAGUUAUUAAAUUCUUGUGUAUAUGUUA